AUGUCAUCCGGAAUAUCCACAUAUCAAGAAUCGUAUUCCCCAGGGUUUCUGUCUGGUUAUCAAGAUCCAAGACCGAAACAGCAUGUACCUGGAUUCUUAUCCUCUGAUGAAGCUUUUACAUCUCGGUUCGGUACAACUUCAAUCAGCAAUUUUAAAACAAAAGUGGCAAGAACUAAACCAAGGCGUCAAAAGGAUUCUGAAUUUCAAACUAAUCCAUCCAAGAAGCCAAGUCUAGCAUCUUCUUCAAGCCAUGAGUCCGUUCAAGAUGAAAAGAAAGAGGAUGUUGCAAAGAAGGAAGAUAUUGCGAUGAUCGAGUUUUCAAUGUCUAAUUUACUAGGCAAUCUUGCGAGGACAUCUGACGACGAAAGACAAAAAUUGCAAAUUCAAUCAAAAGAGCAGCAACCACAACCAAUCGUUACAAUGAAUCACAUUUCAGCUCUUUCAGAUUCAACCUCUUCCGCCAAUGAAUCAGAAACAGAUGAAUCUCUUCCAAAUCAGUUUGCGAUAGGAGAAGAGUCACAUAUUCCAAAAGAAGAACCAAUCUAUGAAGUAAUUUCAAGUGACGACGAGAUGGGCUAUGAAACGCAAGGUGUACCAAAGAAGCAAUUUGCAUCAAAGAUAAUGUGGAAUUCACUUGGAGAAUAUCGACAACAACAGGUGUAUCAAACAACGAUACCUCUUCUUUCAACAGAUGAUGGAGAGAGAGAAUCAUCGGUCGAUGGUCAUGAGGGAUCAGAUGAUUAUGAAAGUGAACAACUAGAUGGUGAGGAUGAUGGGAGUGACCAAAGUUCUGAGCAAGAUGAAGAGAGCGAUUCUUCAGAAGAUGAGGUUCCUCCAAGAAAUACAGUUGGCAAUGUUCCCUUGGAAUGGUAUAAGGAUGAGACACAUAUUGGUUAUGACAUCUUUGGGAAGAAGAUUACCAAGAAAGAAACGGGAGAUAUAAUUAACUCUUUUCUUGCAACUAGGGAUUACUCCAAGAAUUGGUGCAAGAUUUACGAUGAAUAUAAUGACGAGGAAGUGGAGCUGACUAAAGAGGAUAUAAAGCUCAUGCGUAGAAUUCUCAAAGGGAAAGCGCCACAUGCUGACUUCGAUUCAUGUCCGCCUUAUGUUGAUUGGUUCAAAUGGGCUGAUGCAAGACAUCCACUCUCAAGUGCACCGGAACCCAAGCGUAGGUACAUCCCUUCAAAAUGCGAGGCUAAAAUGGUUGCUAAGUUUGUUAUAGCAAUCCGGAAGGGGUUGAUCAAGUUUUCUAAGCCUGGAGAAGUGCCAAAUGUAUACCUCUUAUGGGGUGAUGAUUCAACUUCAGGUCAAAAGAGCAAGCAAUUAACUUAUAUUCCUCCACCGAAACAUAAAUUACCAGGACACGAGGAAUAAUACAAUCCUUCUUUGGAAUACAUUCUAACAGAGGAAGAGCAAGCCUCAUGUGACUUGUUAUGUGAGGAAGAUCGUCCAAAAUUCAUUCCUAAAAAGUUUACAUCUCUGAGAAGCAUUCUAGCAUAUGGGAAUGCACUAAAAGAGUCUUUUGACCGAUGUUUGGAUCUAUACCUAUGUGCAAGAGUUCGAAAGAAGAGAAUAAACAUUGAUCCUGAAUCUUUGAAGCCUAAGCAACCUAGUAGAAAAGAUCUUAGAGCUUAUCCAAACUCCUGUUAUCUUGAAUAUAAAGGCUAUACUGGAAAAGUUACUACCUUAUCCACUGAAUGUUAUGGCCAAUGGAUAGCCUUAGGUUCAACAGAUGGAUCCGUCCGUAUAUGGGAAGUGGAAACUGGUAGAUGUCUUAAGAUCUGGCAAUUUGAUGAAGCCAUUCACUGUGUGGCUUGGAAUCCUCUUUUCGGCUUUCCGAUUUUAGCCAUUGCCAUGGGACGAGAUUUGGUUAUCAUUAACACUGAACUUGGUACUGAUGUGGAACAGAAAAAUAUCGAAGAGCUGUUUCACUUAGGAAACGUUCCAGAACCAAAAGCAUCUGUUGCAGCAAUUGCAAGCUGGCUUCAAGAUGAGAAAUAUGGAGGAAUCAUGAUUAGACAUUUUAAGAACAUAUCCAGUAUUGACUGGCAUCGUAAGGGAGACUAUAUGUCGACAGUCAUGGCAUCCGGCGAAACACGAGGUGUUGUAAUUCAUCAAAUCUCGAAAAAGCUUACACAAAAGCCAUUCAAGAUCUGUGGACUUCCAGUGACUGCUCUUUUUCAUCCUAGCCUUUCAUACUUCUUCAUCGCGACAAGAAAGAACGUGCAUGUUUACAAUCUGUUAAAGGUAGAUGAGCCCGUAAAAAAGCUGGAAACUAGAAUGAGGGAAAUCUCAUCAAUGGCGAUUCAUCCUGGUGGUGAUAAUCUGAUAGUAGGAAACAGAGGGAAGAUGUGUUGGUUUGACAUGGAUCUUUCUUCGAAGCCGUACAAGACUCUCAAGAAUCAUCCUAAGGACAUUACUAAUGCGGCGUUUCACCGUGCGUAUCCGUUGUUUGCUUCGUCCUCGGAGGACUCAACAGCUUAUGUGUUCCAUGGAAAGGUGUAUAAUGAUCUGAAUGAGAAUCCUCUGAUUGUGCCGUUAGAGAUUCUAAGAGGCCAUUCUACUUCUUCAAAUGGGGGAGGUGUCUUGGACUGCAAGUUUCAUCCAAGACAACCAUGGCUAUUCACUGCAGGGGCUGACUCAGUUAUAAAACUCUAUUGCCACUAAAUUUACAAACCCUCUUUUUGACAUUUUGCAAGUUGUUUCACAUUGUUUUACUUUUUUCGGUGUAAGUGGUAAACUGAUCUCGAUGAACACUAAAGAUAACGAAAAUGGACAGUAUGGUGAUAUCAAUUGGAGACAUCUAUCUCUCUAUGUAAAGGAAAACAAGUGUUCUAAAGAGCGCCAAACGGUAAGUGUUUAGGUGACCGCCUAAAAUUGAAUAAAUCUUGUUUUAGUGUA